CCGUGAUCUUUCAUUGCUGCUCGUUUCUGUUCAAGGCAGUUCAAGGUCAGCGCAUUCACGUCAAAGUAGUAGGAGAGAAUCAUAUUAUUCCUGCUCUCUCUCCUAAUUAUUCUGUCGCCUCGUUAGCCUACUGCAGUCCACGUCGAUCUUCAUUGGCAUUCCAUUGGCACUUGUGUCGUUUCCGCGUGGCUGAACUUUCGGCAAAUCUGGCCAUGGCAUUGUCGAGAAUCGGCAGCGUGGAGAUGCUGAAUACUCUGACUCGUGUCUCGCGCGCAGCAUUCCUGGAGAUGCAGUGCGCGAUUCCGGCAGCAGUUCACUGGAAGCAGCAGCCACUGCACUUGACCAGCGCACGUUAUUAUCCAGAUCCACCAUCUCUCACCCUGCCGAAUAAUGUCUGCGACAUUUUCGCCAACGAAACCGGUCGCUUUGCACCAGAACGCGCGCGCGACAUCGCUCUGUACGCCGAGAACGGCGGCACUGCUGUCACCGCGGCAAAAUGCUCUGGGUUCCCCGAGAUCCGCGACGACAAUCACGUGGACUCGUACGAUUGUUUUGGCGCAGUCAGCCUGAACGGCACAAUGCAGAGCAAUGUGCCGAAGCCGUUCUCCUCGUGUGGCAAGUCCAUGCACCUUAACAUGCCUGGUGGACAGUGGUCCCGCGACGGCAAAUACAUUGCCGAGGACAUGCAACGUUCCCAUUACCGCAAGUUGUCGUGUAUCACAACUAACGCCUUCAUAACGAACCCGCUUUUACGAGCGACAUAUUGGCCAAUUAAUACCGUCAGAAUGAACUACUCGACCGACACAUCCAAGGCAUCUCAAGAGAACCAGGCCGCGGUGCCGGUGUCCGCAAGCAGAUUGUCGCAGAGGCAAAGAUUUCGCCUAGCGUUGAGGGAUUACGGAGGCACUCUUCUCGCCUUUCAUAUCACUAUAUCACUGAUAAGCCUCGGUGGUUGUUAUAUGGUGGUUAUUAGUGGGAUCGAUGUAACACCGUUCGUGCAAAAAGUGACAGGCGGAAACGAACAAGUAGAAAACCUGUUGAAAGUCUCGACGGAUUUCAUAAUAGCGUACACAGUUCACAAAAUGCUCGCACCUCUUCGAAUAGGAAUAUCCUUGACUGUGACUCCGCCGCUUGUAAAAUAUCUGAGAAAGAAAGGCUUGCUCAAAAUGCCGAAACAAAAACCACUUGAACAACAUACUUCUAAGGAUCCAAGAUAAUUAUCUCUUUUAUGAAAUACUUCGUUAUUAGAUAAGCAUUGUAUUUUGAUAACUAAUAAAAAUAGCACUUUUAAAUACGAUGAUAAUGCUAUGAGAAGGAAUUGUAAAUCACACAAAAAGUGAAAUUUUUCAACAAUUUUUUUACGAAUGAUACAUAUUGCAUAUAUACAAUCUACGUAUCGUGUAUAAAUUUAAAUGAAUUGAUAAUUUUGAUAAUAGAAAAAUUUUGUUAUUGAGCAAAUCGACAUACGAUAUACAUAUAGGCAUGGUUAUCUUCUUUCGUAUAAUUCAAAACGUGAAAGUUUCAAUUUAAUCUUAAUAUGUAAUAUAAAAGGUGUAGGCAUUUAUAGUUACGUUAUUAAUUUGUUAAAAAAUUAUCUGUAAAUAAACGUUAUACAGACAAUACAAA